GGGCGGGGUUACGCAGCAUCAUCGGAGCUUGUCGUUUUAUUGUACGGCUGCUGAUGCUGAGAGGUCGCGCUGAGAAAUAUGUAGGACCAUGAUUGCGGAUUUGAGGUUUGGGGACCGUGACACAUCGUGGCGGAUUGUUUUAGGUUUUCUCACUACAAGGAUAAUGAGGAAAAGACGGAGCUGGGAACGUCAGUGUAACUUGAAGUGAUGGAUACUAAGAGUGUUUGAGGAACCCUUACAUCUGACCCAAUGGCUAAGAAAGGCCGUCCCAAGGGCGAGAAGCCUGAAGCGCUCAUCUCAUCCUUACAGGCAGCCAAUGAAGAUCUCAGGUCCAAAUUAACCGAUAUUCAAAUUGAACUGCAUCAAGAAAAAUGCAAGGUGACCAAGUUGGAGCGAGAAAAGGUGCAGGAAGGCAAGCGCAUCCGCGAGCAGGAGCAGCAUCGGCAUACAGCGGCGCUGACGGAGCAGAGGGCUCGCUGGCACGAGGACAAGUUAAAGGAGCUCGCAGCUCUGCGGGAAUCACUGACACGGCAGCACGAGCAGGAGUUAGCAAGAACCGCUAAGAUCAAAGAAGGAGAGAUCCAGCGUCUGCGGACUGCGCUCAGUGGACUGCGCGACGGCAGCGGAGAGAAAGUGCGCACUGCGCUGACGCUCGAGGCCCGAGAGGAAGCACGCCGCUUCUUUGACCAGGAGCGAGUCAAACUGCUGCAGGAAAUAGCUGAACUAAAAUCCACCAAACGACAGACGGAUGAAGCCCUGAAUACUAUGAUCUUAGCCGAUAAGAUGAAGGCGGGUGACCUGCGCACUGAACAUCAAGCGCACCAGGAGCAGAUCUCCAAGAUCAAGUGGGACAGUGAGCGAGAUAUUCGUCGACUGGUGGAUGAGAUCAAGGCGAAGGACCGGACGAUCUUCUCGCUGGAGAAAGAGCUGGAAACAGCCACAGGCUUCGUGCAGAAGUUGCAGCUACAGAAAGAUGCGCUUGAUGAGCAGCUGUUUCUGGUAAAAGAGGCAGAGUGCAACCUGGGAAGCCCCAAAAGAGAGAUCCCCGGCCGUGCUGGAGACGGAGCAGAGCAUUGUGGGAGUCCGGACAUGAGAAGGAACCAGAAACGCAUGAGUGAACUCAAAGCCACCAUUCGUAAGCUGGAGGACCGCAAUUCAAUCUUAGUGGAUGAAAGAAACGAGCUGUUGAAGCGUGUUCGAGAAACAGAGAAACAGUGCAAGCCCUUACUGGACAAGAACAAGUUAUUAAGUAGGAAAAAUGAUGAACUCAGCCAUUCCCUUCAGAGGAUGGAGGAUAAACUUAAAUCCAUUACCAAGGAGAACCUGGAGAUGAAGGAGAAGAUUACCUCCCAUCCUCCACUGAAGAAACUCAAGUCUCUGAAUGAUCUGGAUCAGGCCAUUGACGAUCAAGAGAUUGAGUUCCUCAAGCUGCAGGUUCUGGAGCAGCAGAGCAUGAUCGAUGAGCUGACACGAGAUAGAGAAAAACUCUUGAGAAAGAAGAGGCAUAAACGAAACAGACCUAUAAAGAGGCAUAUUGUUGUAGACACAUUCUAUGGUUACGAUGAAGAGUCUAUGGAUUCGGAAACGUCCUCGGUGGCUUCCCUGCGCAUGGACCGAACCCCGGCUACACCAGACGAAGAUUUAGACGAGAGUUUGGCGGCUGAAGAGUCUGAGUUGCGCUUUAAGCACUUGACGCGGGAAUAUCAGGCUCUUCAGAGAGCUUAUGCCCUCCUACAGGAGCAGAAAGGAGGUGUGCUGGACGCUGAAAUGGAGGCUAAGGGUCAUGAGCAGCUCCAGGCAGAUGCUCAAAGGUAUAAAGCUAAAAUCGAAGACCUGGAAAAGGAGCUUGCUUUAAAAGGACAGGACUCCCGAUGGGUGGAAGAGAAGCAGCUGUUCCUCAGACGCAAUCAGGAGCUGCUGGAGAAGGUUGAAAAGCUGGAGAAUGAAAACGCAAAGCUGCAGCAGGAACUACAGGACUCUAAAGAUCAGAACGAACUGCUGGAGUUUCGCAUCCUUGAGCUCGAGGAGCGUGAGAGGAGAUCGCCUCCGUUUAACCUCCACAUCCACCCGUUCUCCGAGGGAGUGAGCGCGCUGCAGAUCUACUGUAUCAAGGAGGGCGUGAAGGACGUGUGUAUACCUGACCUCAUCAAGCUGCUGGAUAUACUCGGAGAUAACGGGAACCUGAGGAACGAGGAGCAGGUGGCCAUCAUUCAAGCCAGUACCGUGCUGUCGCUCGCUGAGAAGUGGAUCCAGCAGAUUGAAGGCACAGAAGCUGCUCUGCAUCAGAAGAUGAUGGACCUGGAGCUCGAGAUGGAGAUGUUCUGCAAACAGAAAGGUUAUCUGGAGGAAGAGCUGGACUACAGGAAGCAGGCGCUGGAUCAGGCCUACAUGCAAAUCCAGGAGCUGGAGGCGACUCUGUACAACGCUCUGCAGCAGGAUAAGGUCAUCAGAUACGGAGAGCCUCUGGACGAGCUGCAGAAGGACGAGUUACGCACGGCGGUGGAGAAGCUGCGCAGACAGAUGCUGAGGAAGAGCCGAGAGUUUGACUGUCAGGUGCUGCAGGAGAGGAUGGAGCUGCUCCAUCAGGCGCAUCAGAGGAUCAGAGACCUGGAGGACAAGACUGACAUCCAGAAGAGACAGAUUAAAGAUCUAGAGGAGAAGGAUCUGAAGCAACCUGGAGCUGUCGCAUGCCACUGCAAUCAUCCGGUUGUAUUGACUCAAAGGUGUUUUGUUUUGCUUGUGUGGAAGUGGGAAUUAUGGACUUCACUGGAUUCAGCCUCUGUGGAGGAGCGGGACAGAAUGCUUGAAAUCACACUUACAGAACAAUACAAGUGUGACAAACAUAAUCAUCGACCCAACUAGAUAGGAUUAUAAAUUAUCUCUGCCAUGCAGGGACCCGUCAUGACCACGUCUUUACUGCAUCUGCUGCGACUGCUACCCACCAGAGCCCACAGACCGGUUUCUUUCUUACUCUGUCUGUCUCUCCUCCAACACACACUUUGGGAAAUUCAAAGCGAAAUGGACGUCUUUGCAGAGACACAUCCUCUCACAGGAGCUUGUUAGUGAGGCGACUGUCACAUCUCUGUUAUCAGGAGCCUUCUUCCUCACUGCCUGAACACAGAAAGGACAAAGGGACAAACUGAGAGAGAAACCAGACCAUCCACUACAAACCAUCCACACUAGCGGUUUUUGUUUACCCCUAGAAAGUUGAGUAGACUACUGCAACCUGCAAACUAAUUCUACACAGCCUGGUUUUUAAAAUUAUUCCUCAUAUCGGGCCUCAUUCGUCCAUCACAAGCACAAUUUCUUAAAUCAAUCUAAAAGUUUACGCAAAAAAACUAUUCGUGCGACUAAAACCAUUGUUUACCUGACUCAUGCUACAGUUUACGAAAGUUGCGAUAAAACGGAAGUAGCAAUAACAGUUUUCUUCUGUAUUGUGACAUACAUCUGAGUGUAACAGAUGAUGUGCUCGGUUUUCAAGAUCCGUUAUUGAUUGGAUUUCGACUUGAGGGCAAAGCACUUGAAUAAAUGAGAUUACAAUAGAUUUGUAAAAAAUGAACUGGGUUUAAACUGACUGUAUGAUUGGAGAAUUUCUGUGUAUUUUACCAGAGUGAGGUUUGAUGAUUGACCAGAAGAUCCUACUACAACGUUUUAAAUAAAAUGUGCAAUGUAAAAAAAACAAAAAAAAAAAACAUAUGGAAGCUUUUUUCCGCCAAUGGAUAAAAUAAGGUUAUUGUGACUUUUAAUCUCACAGUUCUGACUUUUUUUCUCGCAAUUUUGUGAUAUAAACAUGAAAUACUUGCUUUCUCAGAAUUUCCUCGCUGUAGCGAGAAUUGUGAGUUAUAAGUAUUAUAAUAUAAUGCAAGUCAGAAUUCAUAAACUCACGAUUGUAAGAAACAUUUUUUUUUCCCGCAGGACUUCGUAACUCGCAAUUAUGAGUUUAUAUCAUAGUUCUGAGAAAAGUCUGAAUUACAAGUUUGCAAAUCCAGAUUUUUUUUGUUGCCGUUCUAUUUUUUUAGUACGCAAUUAUGACUUUAUUUCUCAAAGUUGCAUGUUUAUUUUACACAAUGCUGAAAAGGUCAGAAUUGUGAGAUUAAAGAGUGGCAAUUACUUUUAUUUUUUUAUUUGAUAUUUUAAUUGGUCUAAACUGGCUUCCAUAUAUUUGUGAAUGAAUCAAGAUAAGAUAAAUAAUGUGCAUUUAGAAAAUAAAUGGAGUGUAUUUUUACGCAAGUAAAACCAUUCACAUGCAACAGUUUAUGAAAGUUAAACUGUUUUUGUGUAAAUUUUUGUACCACGUAUCAUAUGCAACACAAGUCUUAAAAUGUUGCACCAUGCAAGAGUUUAUGUGGAUGAAAGCAUUUUUUAGUAAACAGUCACAUCAUGCAAGAGUUUCACAAGUAAAUCUCUUCUUCUUGAAACUGUCAUUUAAAGACCCUACAUAAUAAUCGUUUUCCAGAUUAUUUCCACAAUUCUGCUUGUGGUUCACGAAUGAGGCCCGUUGUCCAAUAAUAUUCCCUGUCUGAUGAUCAGCAGCACCUCUUUCUGACUGCAGUGUAAUAUAUAUGUUUGUCGAUAUGUACAUUUGUCUCUAUUAACUCUGAUGUUGAUACACUUCUCCUCCUGCAGCUUGAGCAGUAGAGUCACUUUGCAGUUUAGAAUUUAUUCAUGACUAUAAAUUGCGACUUUUAUUGUGGUGACGGCUGCAGAUGAAAAUGUUUCCGCCUUCCUUGACUGUCCCUGUAUUUACUCACCUCUUCCAUGAGCCUUGUUCUUUUCUACUGUUUCAGCUUAAGCAUACCAGCAGGACUUUCACUAACUGGUUUGUACUGAAUGAUCUUUCUAACUCCCUUUAAUUGGCUGUGUCUCUGGCUUGUAAAUAUGUUUUGGGGGCAUUCUGUAUACCAGGUUUGGCUUCAUUUCAUUAAAGUCUAAAUACCUCCUCAGAAAUAGGAUAAUUUUCUUUUUUUUUUCACUUUUGGACAUGCUAAGAACCAGUUCUGGGAAAUUUACUUUUAAAAGUAAUGCAUUAAAAUAAGUUCUAUAUAUUGUGGCACCAAAUUAUAAUGUUUCGGAGUAAAAUACAUUUGGUUUAACAAACAUAUAAUUCUAUUGUGACUCCAGUCAAACGUGUAGAAAGAAGCAUGUUCUCAGCAAUGUUGGGGGUGAUGCAUUACAAGUAAAGCAAGUUUUGUAAUCAGAUUACUUUUUUCAAGUAACUAGUAAAGUAAUGCAUUACUUUUAAGUUUACAAGAAAAUAUCCGAGUUUUUUUUUUCCAGUAAGUAACGCCAGUUACUUUGUUUUUCGAUUUGACUGACAGAUUUCCUGUCCUGUGUUGAGAGAAACUGGGAGUGAUGUGCGAAAAGUUACGCAAAAACGGUUAAAAGUUUUAGUUCCAGUUGUGAUUCACAUGGCCCACAUUUUUUUAAUCUUACCUUAAAAUGUAUUUGGGCUGCAUUAAGUAUGUAUGUAUUUUUUAUUUUCUACUAGUUUCUGUAUUUAAAUUAGUUUUUAUUGUAAAAUAUGUUACUUUGUACAGUGCUUUGAGAAGCUUCCUUUAAAGGCACUAUAUGAAAUAAAGUUUUAUAUAGCG